GGCACAUGUGCGCGUCAGAGAGAGGAGGUGAAAAAGGCCUGCAGGGCGCCGACAUGGGGCUCAAACUGUCCUGCCUGAAAGACGUGCCGGACACCGCUGGGCCCUCCUCCCAGCUGGAUGACCUUAGCUGCAUACAGAUGGGGCACAGGCUCCUGCUGUGGAGGUCACACCGCCGGCCGGGCCAGCAGCAGGUGGCAGGGGUGGCCGGGAUGGCCGGGUGGGCUCCAGGUUCAUAGCUCCUCCUCGGGACAGCAGGGAGGUGGUGCUGCCUGGGAAGCAGCGUGGGCAAGCCACGGGUGUCCCUGACAGCGGCAUCAAUAGCACCUGGGGACAGACUGGCAGGGUCCUGGGAUGCACCGCGACCUGCUGAGUCAGGAGUCUGGGCAGUGUCACCAAGACUGGGAAUUUCACCCCUAGACCCCCAGUGUAAGAACGGCUGGCAAAGUGGAUCUGGAUAGAGUCAGAGGUCAGAGUUCAAGUCCCAGACCUACGUGCGGCCUCGUGCAGAGAUCGGCCUCGUGCAGAGAUCGGCCUCGCCGGCCCCCGGCUCCCUCUCUGCGUGAUGGGGCGGUGGGUAGGAGAGCCCCCAGGUCAGGUCUCCGGUAUUUUCUGAGCUCAGUACUGAUGGCGGUGUACCGUGAAGCGUGUGCCUUCCUGCUCUGGAGUGACCUCAGGAGAGUGGGGACACUCAUAGGAAGAGUUACCUGGAGCUGCGGGUCCCGAGUUUGAGGUCCAGCUCCAGCCUGCUUAACUCCAGCACCGUGUGGGGCCUGGAGCCAGGGCCCGCCUGUCUGGGAGAGUGGGAAGGGCUGGAGGUGGGAAUUUUGUUCUGGGCUGGGGAGUGGCUGUUAUUUUAAUAGGCUGUUAGAAAUUAACGCAGAGAGGGUCCAGCAGUUAGCGUAAUGGCUAUGCCGCUGAACUCCCAUGUAGUCGACCGCGGU